AUGGAAUUAAUAAGGCUGACUGCCCUAAUUGUAGUUAUUUUUGCUGUAGGAUAUGCGGUAUUCUUCAGGAAUAAGAACAAACCAAGUGUCGGCGAAUCUAUUGUUUCGGAUAAAAUUAGUAACGAAUAUGAUUACGUUAUAGUCGGUGGAGGAUCUGCUGGUUCGAUUCUCGCGGCAAGAUUAUCGGAGGACGCAAACUAUACCGUUCUUCUUCUAGAAGCUGGUGAACACUUUGAUUAUGACCAGAAUAUUCAUAUACCAGUGUUAACUUUCCAAUUUCUACAAUCAAAUUUAGCAUGGCACUAUCAAAGCGAAACAGAAAAGGGGAUGUUUCUUGGACUGAAAGACAAAACAUCUUUGUUGAAUAGAGGGAGAGUCCUCGGAGGGUCAAGUUCGAUAAAUGCUUGUAUAUACGCGAGAGGCAGUCCGUUUGACUUUGGGGAAUGGGAAAAGAAGUAUAGGUGUAAAGGUUGGGGCUAUAAUGACCUACUUCCUUAUUUUAAGAAGGCCGAGGAUAUUCAAAUUCCCAACCUGAAAACAUCAGAUUAUCAUGGCACAGGUGGACCAAUUGCUGUAUCUGCAUCACCUUCUUCGAAACUGUCUAAAUAUUUUAUAGAUGCAGGAAAGGAAAUGGGAUACAUGGAGACAGAUUAUAAUGGUAAAAGUCAGACAGGAUUUAGUCGUGUACAGAAUACUAUCCGAAAUGGAGUGCGUAGUAGUACAGGACUUGAGUACCUUGGUAAACCAGGUAAAAGACAAAAUCUUGACAUUUCUACCAACAGUUUUGUUACAAAAAUACAGAUAGAAGAAAAGGUCGCGACAGGUGUUUACUUCAUCAAGCAAGAAAGAAAACAAUUUGUAAAGGCUAGAAGGAACGUUAUAGUAUCAGCUGGUGCAUUCAAUUCACCACAGUUAUUAAUGCUGUCAGGCAUAGGACCUAAAAGUCACAUUCAAGAUUUAGACAUACCUUUGAUACAAGACUUACCCGUUGGAGACAAAUUUGAUGAUCAAAUAAAUAUUGCCAUUUCUGUUAAGAUUAACCAAUCUAUCCAUCUCGACAAAGAAAAAGCACAGGGACUAUGGACUCUGGUUGAGUAUACAUUGUUUGGGACUGGACCUUUAUCUUCUGUAGCUGACUCCGUAGCGUUUCUUCACAUAGACAAGUCAAAAAUGGGAAAGGAGAGACCAGAUGUUAUGAUGUUUUUAGUACCCAGUACUUUUGGUGAUAGUAGUAUGUUUAAUUACAAUGAAUCAGUUGCAAAAGAGCUUAUUUAUCCUUACAAAAACACACCUGGAUUUGUUGUAAUGAUUUCUUUAUUGCAUCCAAGAGGCACAGGAACCGUACGGUUACGGAGUAUCGACCCAUUUGAUAGCCCGAUAUUGGAUACAAAUCAUCUGACUGACAAGCAAGAUGAAGAUGACCUCUUAGCUGGUAUCCGACUGUUUGAGGAACUAGUUUCUACAGAAGCAAUGAAAAGCAUUGGUGCGGAUAUAAGCAUCAAUCAAGCUUCAUUUUGUUCUCACCAUCAGUUUAGAUCUGAUGAUUUCUGGAGAUGCAUGAUACAUCACAUUGCGCAUAAUUUCUAUCAUUCAACAAGCACGUGUAAAAUGGGCAUAAAAGGUGAUCCAACUGCAGUUGUAGAUUUAGAUCUCAGAGUUCAAGGAAUCAAGAAUCUUCGUGUCUGUGAUGCCUCUGUAUUGCCAUCUGUGACGUCAGCAAACACGAACGCCCCAGUUAUGGCAGUCGCAGAAAAAUUUGCGGAUAUGCUGAAGAAAGAAAGAAAUUGA